UUUAAUCCUCGUCCUCGGCGUUUUCGGUGACCGGUCUGUGUGGCGCAGUUCAGUGAGAGCAGCUGUGCAAAAAAAAAUGUCGAAGGAGAGCCAGCCACGCGGGCCGGAGCAGCUCAGGAAGCUGUUUAUUGGAGGCCUCAGCUUUGAGACCACGGACGAGAGCUUGAGGUCAUAUUAUGAACAAUGGGGCACACUAACUGACUGUGUGGUUAUGAAGGAUCCAAACUCCAAGCGGUCUAGGGGCUUUGGAUUUGUCACAUACUCCAGUGUGGAGGAAGUAGAUGCUGCUAUGAGUGCACGCCCCCACAAAGUCGAUGGUAGGCUUGUGGAGCCUAAACGUGCUGUUUCUAGAGAGGACUCCAACAAACCAUUUGCACACACAACUGUGAAAAAGAUUUUUGUGGGUGGCAUCAAAGAAGAUACAGAGGAGUCCCAUCUCCGUGACUACUUUGAUCAGUUUGGGAAGAUCGAGGCUAUUGAAAUAAUGGUUGAUCACAAGACUGGAAACAAAAGGGGCUUUGCUUUUGUUACAUUUGAAGACCAUGACUCAGUGGAUCGCAUAGUUAUUCAAAAGUACCACACAAUAAAUGGCCACAACUGUGAAGUAAGAAAGGCUGUCUCCAAGCAAGAGAUGCAGAACUUCUCAGGGAACGUGAGAGGUGGACGUGGGGGUGGAAACUUUGGCCGACAUGGCAACGGAGGUUACAGCAAUGACUUUGGAGGUAGCAGAGAUGGUUACUUUGGUGGCCGAGGGGACAGAGGUGGUGGAGGGUAUGGAGGUGGAGAUGCCUACAAUAAUGGAUUUGGAGGAGAUGGUGGUUAUGGAGGUGGCCCUGGUUAUGGAGGCAACCGUGGCUAUGGUGGCGGUGGAGGUGGACCAGGCUAUGGCAAUCAGGGAGGCGGAGGGUAUGGUGGUGGUGGUGGCGGCGGUAAUGGCUAUGACAACUACAACAACGGUGGCAAUGGAAACUUUGGCGGUGGUAGCUUUGGAGGCGGUGGCAGCAGUGGCAGCAAUUACAAUGAUUUUGGCAACUACAACAGCCAACAGUCAAAUUAUGGCCCCAUGAAAGGAAACUUUGGAGGAGGCAGAAACAGUGGCCCAUAUGGUGGUGGAUAUGGUGGUGGUUCAGGAGGUGGAGGAUAUGGUGGCUCUGGGGGAGGCAGACGGUUUUAAUCCUUAAAGGACUCAGUACUUAGGAGAGGAGACAGGAGAGCGAGAGGGCUGACAGGGCAGCUGCAGGUUUACUCCCUAGAUCUUCUCAGCCAAUCAGAAGAGCUGUACAGUAGCGAUAUCAUGAGUGGAACUUCCUGCAUUCAGUUUUGUUGCCAUACAGGCUUUUUAUAUCUUUAUUUUCUUUAUGGAAUGCAUUCCAAAUGAAAUGAGGUUAUGUAGAUUUUCAGUCAGUACUAAUCAUGUCAUUUCAACCGUCUUGUUGAAAUAAAGAAUCUUACUGUUUUUUAAAAGA